AAAAACGCUCUGAUUUGAACGAUUAUCUGAAAACUAUAACAAAAUAAAUAAAUUGACUUGUUUUAUUCAGUCAAAAUGGCACCUAAUAUACCGAAAGGACCAACAAUACCAACAAGAUGUUGUAUUUGCUUGAGUUUCCUGCGGAAAAUGAGUCCGCUAAAAGACAGGGAACUUCUAAUAUUACUCUGCCCCACAUUUUUUAAUUAUAACAAGUUUUCAGGUAACCAUUUUGUGUGCUGGGAAUGUAAGCUCAUAAUUCAAAAGAUAAAAGUGUUCCAAAAUAAAUUAAAAAUUUCACAAUUUUUCAAGACCUUAUCUAUAAGCAAGAACGUCUCUUUAACAGCAGGAAUGUCUACUCUCCAAUGUACAGAAAUUAUAACUGUUCACAUAUUACCGGGAAUGCCAGACGAAAUAAAAAAACCAGAUGAACAGUUACCUCGUUUACAUCAACAACAAUUAAGUAACACUAAUAAAAAAAUCAGUGGCCCUGUCGUCGUCAUGCCUAUAACAAAGUCUUCUAAACUCGUGAAACAUUUAUUGGUACCUACCUCUACGGCAAGUGAUUUUGAGGAGUUGAUUCAACCAACCGCGAUAUUGUCAAAGGCUUCAAAUGAUACGACCACGUCUCCUGCCGUGAUAAGUGAUUCAACUGAAGAACUUACAGACGAAGAAAUUAUAUCCAAUUCAGAAGUAUUCGUUCAAAAACCAGCUUUAGUUAACAAAAAUAUUGACAAAAUUAGCGACGAAAUCAAAAAAACGUUUCAAGAACAUAUAAAAAUACCGGAUAUUGGUGUUGAAGAAGUUAUACAAUAUUUAGAAUUUGAAGACUAUAAGACCUUAGCGUUUUUGUUCGAUAAUGAUAAGUCUAAAAGUUAUGUCAGAGGUGCAGAGAAAGAUUAUGAAUUAAAGUUAAUAUCUAGAAGUGAGGUCCUAAAGUUUAGGAACGAGCAGAAAUCUAGACAUGCUUAUAAGUGGUCUGUUUUUCAAUGCGAGCUUUGUAUUGACCAGUUUCCGAAUUCUCAGGAAUUGAAGGCACAUAGUUUGCAACAUGAACCGGCAUAUGGUGAUUAUGAAUGUGAUAUAUGUGAAUUGAGGUUCACCAAUGAAGUACUAAGAGAUGAUCAUUAUAAGGGCCAUUUCAUAGUAUUUCAGUGCCUGAAGUGUACGUAUAGGACGAAUGACGUGAAGAAAAUGUCGAAACAUAUUACCCUUUUGCACGGUGAUGUCAAAUUUGUUUGUGAGCCUUGUUGUCAAGUUUUCAAAAAUAUGAAUGAAAAGUUUCAUCAUAUAAAAACUGUUCACAUUACGAAUAAAGUGGAUAAAACAAAUAAAGUUCCUCAAGACCCAUUACAUCAAGAUGUUCAAGUGAAUUCUGCAGAAAAACUUGAACAAAGCAAAAACGCUCCCAAAAAGCCAAAAGUAUUUAUAUAUCCCAUAAGGAAUAGAAAUAACAAAAUGGGCCACAUAAACCAUCAUAUGAAAAUUCACAAAAUGCCAAAACAACGUAAAAAGACUGCCCCCAAUGAUUCUCAUCUGGCCAGCAAGAUAUAUAAACGUAAAGAAACGAUAGCUGUAAAAUGCCACCAUUGCGAAGAAUUCUUCACGGGCAAAGCCGCGAUGAAAGCGCAUAUCUACAGUUUGACUCGAAACUUGUCAUGUACCACGUGUCGGAAGAAAUUUAGUUCACGUCGAGAAUUCCGCAAGCAUGUCGUUUGGGCUCACGAAAGCGAUUCCGUUCCUGAACAAGAAAUGGAUGUUCAAGAAAUAAAGAUUGAAAAUGAAGAAUUUAACACAGAAGUUCUUGAAACUGAAAUGGAUAUUGAAGAAAUACAGAUUGAAGAUGGAGAAUUUACCACUGAAAUUGGAGAAGAAAGCGAGGAAAUAUACACAGAAGUUGAAUUUAUAAAAUCCGAAGAUGAUUCGGACACAGAUAUAGAUAAAAUAAAACUAGAGAUUGAUGAUAUUACCACUGAAGAAUAUAUUAUUUCAUAAUUUUUAGUACAGUUCCCACCACACUUAAUGGCGGUUUGUAACUACAUUCCGAGCAAAAGUAUUCGCAUGUGGCCUACAACAGUUUUUUUUUAACGACGUCAAAAAUCAUCAAAUGACCCCUCCCGCUGUGGGUUAGCAGCGGUGAGGGAGUGUCAGACUCUUACUGACUAAAAACCGUCGUGUUGCGUCGUAG